AUUAUCAAUGUCAUUGUAUAUUUGUCAUAUUACCUUAUUAUUAUUACUUCGUGUUCGUAUAUUUUUAGUUGUGUCGAUGUCGAUUACUUAAGUAGAAACUAGACAAGAUAAAUGUGAAUAUACAAAUCAUGACUAGUAGAGCGGCCAAUGUAAAAAACUCUCGAAUGAAUUUUAAGUUUCAAAAUGAGUCGCCCCAAGAUUAUAAAGGAACUAAGCCCAUUCGCGAAGCUUCAUCUAUUUUAGAAGUACUGAGUUUGAUGAUCGUGCACAUUUGCAAGAAAGUGCUAUUCUAUGACACUAAUUUAAAAAUAGCUAUUUAUUUAGGUGCUCUCUUUGUGCUAUCUUUGAUAGCUGAUGUAUUGACCUUUCCCAAAACAUACUUUUCUAGAAGUGAUAAUGUUUUCAACCAAUAUUUUGUGAAAAUUGGUUGGUUUUGGACAUUAUUUUUAACAGUACCUUAUGUUUUAUUAACAUCAUUUACUACCUGCUGUGGGAAAAGAAGACUUAUCUUUACUGCACAUUUGUCAAGAUUGGCCAUUGCAACAUUUUGUUGGUAUGCAUGGACAACAAUAUUUAAUGUUAUAGAAACCAAAUACGGUCGCUGCAACGCAAGAUCAUUUGAAACGAAGACAGCUUGCCUAAAAAAUGGUCAUUUCUGGAAUGGAUUUGACAUAUCAGGUCAUUGUUUUAUUCUUAUUUACUCAAGUUUAGUUAUGAUAGAAGAAGCCAAAGCAAUAAAUGGCUGGGAAAAAAUUAAGGACAACAUAAGAGAUGAAAAUUAUACAAGAAGCCUUAAUGAUAAAUCAGUCAGUGUAAACCCACUUAAAAACAUCAGUGCAGAAGAAUUAAAUAUUUUAAAAGAAUCCUAUGAGAUAGUAACACCCUAUGUGAGAGCAUUACUAAUUUUUAUAGCAAUAUUGCAGUUGUUAUGGGAUGUUAUGUUGGUUUCUACAAUUUUAUAUUACCAUAUUAUGAUAGAAAAAUUUAUUAGUGGUGUGAUAGCUAUAUUGACAUGGUUUGUUACAUAUAGAGUCUGGUACACUAUUCCAAAUGUCUUACCAAACUUACCAGGGCAAGGCAUUUUUAAAUAUAACAAUGGAAAGCCAGUGGCAUUAACACCUAACAGAAAAAAGAGCAAUGCUCCUAAUGGGAAACACUUUAUGGGAAUGCCUAUAAAUACCAAACAAGACACUAUGGAAGCUUCCACUGAAGAAGUUAGAUGAGUUAUUAAAUAUUUAAGGUAACAUAAUUGUUAAGGUUAUUUAUUUUACAUUCAAAUUUUUAUUGAAUAUUUUGAAGAUAUGGUCAUCACAACUAUGUUGUACAAAAUUAUUUUUAAUUUGUGUUCUUUAAUGGAAUUUGGCAAAUGGUGUUCUAUGGGUGUUUACUAAAUGGUUUGUUUUUUUAAGCAAAAUUAUUUGUAGUUUUUCUUAUUAACUAUUUACAACCUAAACUUGUUUAUUUUUAAAUU